AUGGUAGAAAAUUCUGGGAGAAAAGUUGUUUCAGAAUGUCAAAUCCUUAUUUAUUAUUUAUACUAUUUUAGGAAAAGAAAUAAAAUGUUAAUCAAUAUAUUGAAGAAUAUCAACAACUUAAUUGCUAAAAAAAAAUUCAACUCUUACAAUAAAAUAAAGCUAAGUGCCUAUUCAGCUUACUAUAUACUCAUUUAUAAUAAAAUAAUAAAAAAGUAA